AUGGAAAUCAAAUAUUCCAAGCCCGGUCCUUUCGUGCCGCAGAACCCCAGUUCAAACGUCACCGGCUUGAGCGGCCAUCCUUUCCACAACCAGAGACUCACGCGUUCCAAACGCUCACACGUUUCCAGCUGCAAAUCAUCCGAAGUGCAACAAAAUGCGCCCUGCCUGUGGCCAUGUCGGUCAACUUCUAAACUUGACAGAUGGACGCAUCGAGGUGCUGUGGAGUGGGACGAUAGGAUAGGAACGCGAAUAGUUGCGUGCUCAUGGCAUUGGCGCGGAAGUCAAGCCCCAGGUCCGAUAAGGCGAAGUGUUCUGUUCAAGAUGCGGAAGCGAGAUGGAAGUGCCGAGACAGGCCAUGAACCGUGUCACGUAGUUGUCGUCGACAAAGUGGAUGGAGAGGCGCCUGAGUUGGACGCAAGAACUGAUGAAGCGAAGCAACUAGUUGUCCGUGUGCGAGAUUGCGAAAGACACCGAAUUGCCCGCUCAUUUAGUAUUCAACCUGAAAAAGGCCGACCUUUGCAUAUCCGUCAGGCCGUUCUGCGCGAAGUUUUUCUGUCAGCCUUCAACAUGGCCAAACGGUCGCAGAAGCAGUGCAGCUGUAACCAACGAGUUUGA